AUGAGGAUAUCAAGCAUAUUCGGAGCAAUAUUAACAACCCUUUGUCUACAGUUCUAUCUAAAAAAUGCACUGGCUAAGAGCAACUUUGAAAUCAUCUACAGUGAAAUCAACUGCACCGCACACGAUCCAAAGGGGUAUUUAGCAAAAUUAUCGUGUCGCACAGGUAAAAGUUUGAAACUCAGUAGCUUAACAGUAGAAUUUCAAUUCAAAAAGGACAUCAAAUAUUUUGGUUUGGAUCUCCGCGUCAUAUUACCAAGACAAUCCACGGAUUUUACACUACUCAAUUUAACUCACGUCAAUGGCUGUCAACUAAUGGCGAAUAAACUACAAGUUCCCCUUAUGCAACUUGUACUGGGCUCACUAAAUCGCUAUGGAAAUUUAAUGCAGGGUUGUCCAUACAAACGUGACACACUGUAUUACAUUCGUGGCUUUCGCAUGGAUUUGAAUGCCAUGCCAGCGUUUGCAUUUGAUACAGGUAUGAAGUCGUGGCUGUCUUUUCGACACGAAGGUGACGUACUUUAUACUCUGUUCGUGAAUAGUCGGAUACAGCUGCGGCGUAGUGGUUAG